AUGCCUAGCUUUCUGGAAAUCCUUCAGCUCAACAAUCUCUCGCAAGUCUCGCUCCAGCAGUGCAUCAUCUCCAUGCUAGCAGGGCUUGGUGCGUACCUAGUGCUGGCAUUGUCAUUACGUUUCCAACGGCAACGCAAUCUACAAAAGAAAUUUCCAUAUACAACCCGCGAGUCAUUCAGUCGAAUGACCGACCAUGAUGCCUGGGCAAUCCAGAAGACCAUCUCGCAGAUGGAGUUCCCGUUCAUCGUACUCAAAUCACUCCAAUUUGCCUUAUUCCGAACGUACGGUAUUCCCACAAUCUCCACGCUGCUACUUAAGACAUCCCAGUUCUCGGAUCCGGCAACCUCAUUCAAGCGAUAUGCCGACACAGGAACCUUGAUCGGCGAGUUCAUGGCCUUUGAGCCACGUUCAGAGCGAGCGCAGACGGCAAUUGCACGAACCAAGUUCCUGCAUAAAGGUUACCGUGCCAGCGGAAAGAUCUUGGAAGAGGAUAUGCUCUACACUUUGGGCCUGUUCGCUGCAGAGCCGAUCCGGUUCGUUGGGCUGUACGAGUGGCGUGAAAUGUCCGACAUGGAGCGAUGCGCGGUCGGAACCUAUUGGAAAAGCCUCGGGGAUGCGCUGAGCAUCAGUUAUGAAGUCCUACCCUCGGGGAAGACGGGAUUUCGAGACGGUAUCCACUGGCUGGAGGAGAUGUGCGCCUGGAGUCAACAAUACGAAUCACAGCAUAUGAAGCCGCACCCACGCAACAAGGAGAUCGCGGACAGGACCAUCGACGUUCUAGUAUACAAUCUACCCGGGUUCAUGAAGCCGCUGGGUGUAUACUUUGUUUCGUACCUGAUGGAUGAUCGCCUGCGCAGAGCAAUGAUACUUUGCCUUCGAUACUUGGCCCUGCCGCGCCCCAACCUUUUGCGCCUGGACGUCUUCACCGACAAACCCAACAAGCAAGGCCGUAACUUCGUUCUGGUGUACGAAGGCGCACCGUUCUAUGUGCAGCCUACCCUCUGGAAUCGCUGGGGGCCUAUUGCGUGGUGCAAGUGGGUGCUCGGUCAGCCGCUGCCGGGCGACGAAGGGGAGAAGUACCACCCGCAAGGCUACUCCACGCCUAAUUUGGGACCAAAAUACUUUGAGGGGAAAGGUCGGAAGGACAUGGAGGUUAUAAAGGAGAGUCUUCGGGAACAGCGGACGGGCCGGUGUCCAUUUCCGUGA